AUGACGGACGCAGAGGGCUUCUCAGGUCUCGCAUACGUAUCUGGUAUCUGUUUCUUGCUCCUGGCCUCCUUGACUUGGCUACGGCAGCAACGUCAUCGACUCCCUUACCCACCGGGCCCGUCAGGCCUUCCGGUCCUCGGCAACACGCUGCAGAUGCCUCAUGAGCGGCAAUGGCUACAAUACGUCGAAUGGGGGAAAAAAUACGGGAAGAUCAUACACCUCUCGGUGCUGGGUCGCUCCAUGAUUAUCCUCAAUUCGGCCGACGUCAUUGUUGAAUUGUUAGAGAAGAGGAGCAAACUCUACUCUGACCGCCCCACCAUCCCUCUUGCCGGAGAGAUGAUUGGCUACGACCAAUACAUCGCGCUGGAGCACUAUGGGAGUCGUCAGACAGAAGGCCGCAAGCUCAUCACGGGCGCUCUGAGUGUCCGCAACAUGCCCAAGUUGCACCAGAUAGAAGAGUCCAAGGUCGUACAUCUGAUGUCGAGACUGAUUGCGCGCCCCGUCGAGUUUCGCCUCCAUUUGCGCUGGUUCGUCGCCGCCGUGGCGUUCGAGUACACACAUGCAUACCAGGUCGAAGACUGCGACGAUUACUUCGUGAGGCUGGCCGAGCGAGUCAACAACGAUUUCAACACAGUAGUGAAGCCAGGAAAGUAUCUGGUCGAUAUUUUCCCCUUCUUGAAACACAUACCCGGCUGGAUGCCCGGGACCAAGUUCAAAGCCGUAGCCAAAGAGGCCCGCGAGCGAGUGCAGCGCCUAGCAGAUGAGACGUUUGAAGUCGUGCAGACGCGGGUGGCUGAUGGGACCGCAAGGGCGUCGUUCACCGCUGACCUGAUCGAAGGUAAUCCUGAACGCACGCCAGAAGAGGAGGAUAUCUUCAAGACUACGUCGAUGACCUUCUAUGCAGCCGGAACUGACACUACCGUGUCUACGCUCGAGUCGUUUUUCUUGAUGAUGACACUACACCCUGAAAUCCAGCGGAAUGCUCAGGCAGAAGUCGACCAUGUCAUAGGCUCCGAUCGGCUGCCCAAAGUCAGCGACCGUCCCCGAUUGCCCUAUGUAGAGGGGCUGAUCAAGGAAGCGUUCCGUUGGAAUCCCGUGUUCCCACUCGCCCUGCCGCACUAUCUAAACCAGGACGACGUGUACGAGGGUUAUCAUAUUCCGGCGAACUCCACAGUCAUCGCCAACAGCUGGGCUGUCCUGCAUGACCCAUCAUUAUAUCCACAACCAUUUGAGGUUUUGCCUGAGCGAUACCUUCAACAAGAACAUGGCCUCAAUCCAGAUCCAAAGUCAUUCGCCUUCGGAUACGGUAGACGCGUGUGCCCUGGUCAACCUCUCGCGGACGAUUUAGUCUUCAUUGUCGCCGUCACGAUCCUCGCAACCCUGAAUAUCAGUCAACCCAUCGGCGCGGAUGGCUUGCUUGUCAAACCCAACGUCAGCUGCACAGGAGUGGCUCUCAGUCAUCCUGGCCCGUUUGAAUGUGCGAUCGCCGCACGCUCCGUCGAGGCAGAGCAUCAAAUCACACAUGCCGCGUCCUGCUAACCAUCGAGCUCGGAGAAGAUAACCGCCGUGUGAUCUUCCGAAGGGUACUAAUUGGCGUCCUCGAGUGCCGGCUGGACAGAUCUUUGUACAGAAAAGUUGAGCAGCAUACAGCCAGAUCUGGUAUUCAUCAGUAUUUGCCUUG